AUGACAUCGGAAUAUUCGUCUCAGUUAGAGCAGAAGGAGGACGAAAACCACCGGUUGACCAUCGCUCUCACAAACAUCAAUCGCGAAUUGGAAGCCACACGCGGAGAAAACGACGAUCUCUCCGCUCAGAUCGCUUCACUUCAAAAGAAAGCACAAGAGCAGGACGAGCAAAUCACGAAAGCUGAAAGCUCGGUGGAAGCUCUCACUGCGGAGGUCGAAAGACACAAGCGAUUGGAAGCCGAUCUUCGGCAACUGGUCGAUCAGGGAAAUCAGCAUUACGAGGAAAUGAAAAGCAAAGUGGCGCAGAGAGACCAGCAGGUGGAGGAGCUGAAACAGCAGUUGGCUGAGCGUGAAAAUGAAAUGAAUGAAGGCGAAGGCGUGCGUGGACAGCAGGCGGAAGCGCUCGAGAAAGUGAAGGAGAAAUGUGAUGCGUUUGAGAAGGAGUUGCAGGCCAAGCAAGAAGAGUUGGAAGAGAAGAACCGAAUGCUUCAACGCAUGUCGCAGUUGGAAAACGAGCUUAAGGAGCAGUCCGAAGCCUACGAAACGCUGAAGCAGGAGGAGGAAACACGUCGUCGAAAGUUCGUAUUAGUCAAAAACAAGUACGAUUCCGAACUGAAAGCGGCGCAAGACCAAAUCGCGCAGCUUCAGCAGGACUUAGAAGGCUCCGUAGCGAACCAAGAGCAGCGCGCCGAGCUCGAGAAAAUGCGAGAACUCGCAGAGAACCAGUCCAAACAAUUAGCGGAGCAAACCAGCCAGCUUUCACUGCUUCCGCAGCUUCAGAGCGAAAUCGAUGAGCGAGAUCACGAGCUUGCAAAUCUUCGAAACUCGAUUUCGAUUCUGGAAACGCGCUUCGGCGAUUCGCAGCAGCGGUUAGAAAGCGUAGAGAAACAGAACGCACAGAUCAAACUGGAAUACGAGCAGAAACUCGAAAUCGCUCGCCAGGACGUUUCGCAAAGCACGCGAUCGGAAGUUUUGUCGCUGCAGGAAAGCAACGAGAAUCUGAAGAUGCUGCUCAGCACUGCGGAGAAGAAAUACACGCGAUUGGCCGAUCUGAACAGCGAGCUGCAGAAGAAGCUGGACACGAUGGAGCAGCAGAAGCGACUGCAGAACGAUCAGAUAUCGAUCAGCAUGCGAAACGGACGAAUUCAAGCGCCGGAAAUGGCGAACGAGGCGGAGGACGACCAGACGCCGUUGCUGGGAACGGUAGGAGACGAGGGAGAGGGAGGUGAGUCGUAG